UUGUGCAUGAAAAUGAGUUCAAGAUCGAGAUCAGACAACAACACAGAGGUUGUAACUGCCAGAAGUCGCCUGGAUGGGGUGUUGCAGACACUUGUGGAUAAGAAAGACGAUAGCAUAGAGAUAGAUGUUGACAUUCAGAUAAAAGAGGAGCCCACUGAAGACUCUCCAGUCAAAGUGAGUACACCAAGAAAAUCCACCAUUAGCACACCAGGCAGCAGUACAAAGUCUCCAGCAGCCAAGAAAAGAAAGAGAAAAGAUGAUGGGCCUGGUGGUGAGAUGGGCCAGUAUCACCACACCUAUGUAAUGAAACUGUUUGACCGUAGUGUGGAUCUGGCUCAGUUCACAGAAAACACCCCACUGUAUCCUGUGUGUCGAGCCUGGAUACGCAACCAACCACACAACAGAGAGCUGGGCAUCAAGAGAUUAGAGACGCCUGAACCAGAGGAGUUGAGCGAUGAGGAGGAAGCAGAAGGCCCUAAGAAUGUGUAUCGUCUCCCUGCUCCCCUUGGUCCAGUAAAGCGUGAACCUGGUCAUGCAUUCAUGCACACUGACCUGAGAGUGCCCUCACCAGUACCUCAACCUGAUCUGCCUCUGGAUGUACAUGCUGACCAGGACCAAGCCCCUCCAGCAGAACAGUUACUACUCAACCACAUGGUCAGAUGGAAGGAGAUCAGACAAAAGUGGAAAGUGCAGUCCAUAGUCAAUGAAGCUCGUUAUGCAGAAAGUUUACAUGUGAUCAAAGAUAUAUAUGACUACCAGAUGCAGCAGUAGAACAUAACUAAGAGUGACCAAGAUACAUAUGCAGCAGUAGUACAUCUGAACUGUAUGUGGCCAGGCUGCACGAUGCAGCAGUAGAGAAAUGUGACAGAGGAUCAGGAUGUGUAGGACCAGCGAACACAGCAGUAGUACAUCAAAACUGUAUUUGGCCGAGGAUACAUAUGACUACACACUGCAGUUAUAGCACAUCAGAAACGUGACAGUGGAAAUGUAGGACUAGUGAGCUGUAUAUGUGGCUGCACAGUGCAGCAGUAGCACAUGAGAAAUGUGAAAGGAUAUAUAGAACUAGUGAGUGCAGCAGUAGUAUAUCAAAACUGUAUGUGACCAAGGAUACAUGGCACUAAAAACUGCAACAGUAGCACGCCACAACAGUGGCCAAGGUUCAGAUACAACAUUAUAAUAUCACUAUCAGAUGUGAUUGGCAGAGCAUUUGACCACCAGAUGCUGUGCAGCUCCAGCACAGGAAUGGCAAGUUGCAGUGAUGAUUUAUAAAUGCUUUGUGCAUUAUGACAACUUACAGACUGAAAGACCUGCUGAAGACAAAUACUUUUAUAUAAGAGAAAUUAACCAUAUGAAUGGAAAGAAAAUAUAAACAGUCUUGUUUAUUUUGCUGUUGUAUUGAUUAUUCCUCAGUUUAGUAUGGAUGUUGAAAACAAGACGAUAGAGACAUGUUAUUUAACCAAUGAAAUGUUUUGGACAUUUAGCCAUGAAAUUCCAGCUCUGUAUUGUACAGGAACUGUCUGUAUUUAACAUUUGUUAUGCUGACAUGAUUGACCCUUUGAAGGCAUUAAUUAAGAAAGAACAGUUCAGCUGCAGUUUAAUUUAAAACCUGCAUUUUAUUUAAAUAUUAAAAACAGGAAAUGAAAACUUAAAAGAUA